UUUUUUAUUUUUUAUAUAUGGAUGGAGAGAAAGUACUUAGGAAUGCGUUGAGUGUUCCCCCGGAUGCAAAUACAGUGCUCACAAAACAAAACAAAACAAAAAAAAAAAAAAAAGGAGAGGAGAUGGAAGGGAGAAGGGAGAUUCCAUCUUAAAGUUUACGCCAGUAGCCCAUGGUCGUUGACGAUCUACAAACUCUUCUCACUCUUCUGUGAAACUCUCUCCCUCUAUCUCAGAUGGCGGAGACUGCACUUACAUUCCUGCUGGAAGAGUUGCGUGAUACGCUAAAAUGGUACAACGAUCUGUUAUCCGGCUCCAAAAAUGAUUUCGACCAGCUCACCAAGGAUCUAAACAUCAUGAAGGCAUUCCUUAGCGACGCCGGCGAAAGACGGAAGGAGAAACUGUUCAAGGAGAUAGAGCAGCAGAUUAGAGAAGUCGUUUACGAGGUUGAAGACACCGUCGACAAGUGCUUGGCGGCGGCCAAGGGCAAGGGCGCCAUUAGCCGCCUCAACACGAAGAAGUUCACCUUGGCCAAAGAGGUUAGGUCCCUCAGAGACGAGAAAGUAAAGCCGGUGCUCGACUUGGUCAAAGCCAACUAUGCUGCCCCCUCCGGGGCCGGUGCCGGUGCCGGUGCCGGUGCCGGCACCGCUGACCAACAGCAGCCGAGGCCUAAAAAGGAUCAGUGCAUCAGACGAGAGAAAGUGGUGGGUUUCGAAGACGAGGAAGAAAAACUAAUAGGCUAUCUCAUGGAUGAGAAGGAGAAGCUUGAUGUAAUCUCCAUCAUCGGUAUGCCUGGCUUGGGGAAGACAACGCUGGCGUGGAAGAUUUUUGAGAACGAACAAAUCUGUUUUCAGUUCCCAGUCCGCAUUUGGGUUUAUGUUUCUCAGAGGUUCAACAGUCGGGAUGUGUUUCUCAACAUUCUGAGAAAAUUCACCAGCAACGACAUGUCUGGCCUCAGUGAUGAGGAAUUAGCGCAGUCAGUUCGUGGGUGCCUGUCCAAAGAGAAAUUCUUGUUGGUAAUGGAUGAUGUGUGGAGGCCUGAUGACUGGGAAGUCAUACAAAAUGUGUUGCCUAGUAGCAAUAAAUUGAGUAAAGUCAUGAUCACCAGUCGUCUGUUGACUGUUGGUCAACGAGCUAAAGUUAGCCACUUCAGCACAGAGCCCCACAGGCUGCGUUUCUUUAGAGACGAUGAAAGUUGGAAACUGCUCCAGUUGGAGGUAUUUGGGAAUGAAGAAGAUUGCUUUCGUGAGUUGGUAGGCAUUGGAAUGAAAAUAGCCAAACAGUGUCAUGGAGUGCCGUUGACAGUUGUGGUGGUUGGAGGUAUUCUUGUGGAUCUGUUCGUGAAAACGCAUAUACCCCGUCUUCUCAAAAGGGAAUGGGAAACUGUGUCUGAAAAUGUGAGCAAGUUUGCACAGAAUAACGAGGAGAAACGCAUAUCAGAUGCUGUGGAGUUGAGUUAUAAAACAUUGCCUGAUUACUUGAGAGAAUGCUUUCUCUAUAUGGCUGUGUUUCCUGAAGAACACGUGGUUCCAGCUUGGAUGCUGACACGCUUGUGGAUUGCAGAGGGAUUUGUGCGGCCUAAAGAAACAAGUUUGGAGAAAGCUGCAGAGCAAAAUUUAAAUGAUCUUGUCAGCAGGAACUUACUCAUGCUUGAUCAGAAAAACCUAAUGGGCGAAAUAAAAACAUGUCGUGUUCAUGAUAUGAUUCGUGAAUUUUGCAAAGAGAUCGCUGUGGAGCAGAACUUAUUCCGAGAGAUAAGGAAAAAUAAGGAAGGAAUACUUGAACCUUCAGUUUCUGAUGUUGAAAAGUUCCAUCGUCUUUGUUUCCAUUCUGAUCUCACUACCUUAUUCUCUAAAAAACUGAACGGUCCUCGCGUUCGUUCGUUCCUAUGUUUCUACAAGGAGCCUGUCAAGUUGGAUGCUAGAUACAUAUCAACCAUCCCGGAUGCCUUCAUUUUGCUCAGAGUUUUGGAGUCAAUAUCUAUCAGAUUCCAUCAAUUUCCUGCAAAGGUGACCAAACUAAUUCAUUUGAGAUAUGUCACUCUGCACAUUGAGACUCUCACUCUUCUUCCAGAGCCCCUCUCCCAGCUAUGGAACCUACAAACUCUUGUAGUCGAGACAAAGUCACGUUCCAUUACCAUGAAAGCAAAUAUAUGGAAGAUGUAUCGUAUGAGGCAUCUCAAGUUGAAAGCAGCCAUAGUCUUGGACCCAAAAUGGGAUGGUGCAGGCGGUGAAAACCUGCAAACACUGAGCAGAUUGGCGCCUGAAUCUUGCACGGCAAAGGUAUGUGAAAAGGCCUGCAACCUCAAGGAAUUGGGAAUUCGUGGGAAACUUGCCUCUCUUUUUAAAACCAUGUCCAUGGAAAAAUUGAGUCGUCUUGAAAAGCUGAAGUUGAUGAAUGAUCUACUCGCUGAUUCUGAACCUCGCCUCGCUCGCCUCCCUCAGUCCAAUUGUUUCCCUCCGAACCUCAAAAGGCUGACACUAUCGAAUACAUUCCUCGAUUGGGAGCAUAUGUCCACAUUGGCUGAGAUCAACAGCUUGGAGGUUCUUAAGUUGAAAGAAAAUGCAUGUAGUGGAACUUCCUGGAAUGCUGCUGCUAGUGUUUUCGAAAGUCUUCAAGUCCUGAUCAUCACAAAUGCAGAUAUAGUUGUGUGGGUGGUUUCUGCUGAUAGUUUUCCUUGUCUUAGCUGUCUCGUGCUUAAGAACUGCGAAAAACUCGAACAUAUUCCAGUUGAGUUGGGUAACUACUUGGAGUUUUUGGAGAUUGAGCGCCUUCGCAAACCAGCAGUCGACUCUGCCAAGAGGAUCAUGGAGGUGAAAAGGGAUGAGGAGGAACAGCGGAAACCCAAAGUGGGGGUUCGGUUCAAGCUCCAAAUCGGCCCUGGAUGUGGGCAGGAACCUAAUUGAUUCGAGCCAUUGAUCAAGAGAAAGACUAUCUUACUAGUGGGUCAAUGCAUAUUAAAGUUCAACGGAGACGCCUUAUUUCGCUGGUGCAGCCUGAUGUCUCGUCUUCUGUUUGCUCUUCAAAUAGAUGCUGCAAUUUUAAUCGUUUGAGAUUAAAUUUGUUUUUGAAAAUGUUUGUUUUAUUCUCUACUUUUGAUGUUGUGUGAUCGGGAACUCUAGUUCGAAACAUAAUGUGAGUUGUGUGUUUUCUGUCGUAUCAAUAAAUUAAAAAACUAUUGUUGUCAGCUA